AGCCAUUUUAUCAUCAAAACAGUAAAAAAAAAGUGCAGCAGGUGCGUCGCUUUCUCCCCCUCGCACAGAGACAAUAGCGAUUUACACAACAUUUAUAUUUUUAUUUAUAUCGAGCGAACGAUGGGUCAGUGUGGGAUUACGUCAUCCAAAACCGUCCUGGUUUUCCUCAAUCUCAUAUUUUGGGCGGCAGCAGGCAUUUUGUGCUAUAUUGGCGCCUACGUGUUCAUCACCUAUGAUGACUACGACCACUUCUUUGAGGACGUUUACACUCUGAUCCCAGCCAUCGUCAUCAUCGCCGUGGGCACGCUUCUCUUCGUCAUCGGUCUGAUUGGCUGCUGUGCCACCAUACGCGAAAGCUCCUGCGGCCUGGCCACCUUUGCUGCCAUCUUGCUGCUGGUGUUUGUAACAGAAUGUGUGGUGGUGGUGCUGGGCUACAUCUACAGAGCCAAAGUGGAAGAUGAGGUGAACCACUCCAUCCAGAAGGUGUACAAUGAGUAUAACGGCACCAACACGGACGCUCCCAGUCGCGCUAUUGACUAUGUGCAAAGACAGCUUCACUGCUGCGGUAUCCACAACUACUCGGACUGGAGGAAUACUCGCUGGUUCAAAGAGUCCAAAAACAACAGUGUCCCUGUCAGCUGCUGCCAACCCAACAUCAGCAACUGCACUGGCACCCUCGCCCGACCGGCAGACUUAUACCAAGAGGGUUGUGAAGCUCUGGUUGUGAAGAAGUUAAAGGAGAUCAUGAUGUAUGUCAUUUGGGCUGCGCUAACUUUUGCAUCAAUACAGAUGCUCGGCAUGCUCUGCGCUUGCGUGGUACUCUGUAGGCGGAGUCACGACCCGGCGUACGAACUGCUGGUCACCACUAACAGCUACGCUUGAAGGACUCGCGUGGCCAGCAUUGCAAGGCGAGCAUCACCAUGUCAUGCAACCGUAGUUCUAUAUUUAAGCUUAGGUAUAUAAACUCAAGCACACCUUGCACAAUCCAAUGAAGUAGCAAACACUGAAGACGUGAUCCCAACACGAGGAACCGCCUAUUUAUUCUUAUUACUGACAUGCUUUGUGAGCUUUUUUUUAUGUUCUUUUCCUGAAUGAUUUAAAAAGUUUGGCGUAUGAAUGGCUAUCAGCAUUAGUUCGUCGUUUAAAAAUAAAAUGAGGUCAUUCAGUCAGAAUAACCAAAAAAAUAAAUAAAUAGGGUUAAGUCAUCGUUGGAAAUGUAUGAGGAUGGGGCAAAUGAGUACUCUGAGUAUGAAAUUCAACAA